GGAACAAAUCCCCUUUCACUUAGCACCACUCUAUUGCCCUUCCCCUAAUCUCUCAUUCUCUCUCUCUCUCUAUCUCUCUUCCUUUCUUAGACUUAUAUUUUUUUUUUUUUUCAUUGUAGAACAUAUAUUCUGGGAUUUGAUUUGUUGUCACAUAAGAAGAAGUAAUGACAGCUCCAAACAUGGCGGCCAUUACUGCUUCUUUAGAGAGGUCUCUUAAGAACUGUUCGCUAAACCAACAAACAAGAGGUGGCUCAGGUUCAGGUUUAGCCAGAAGACAAGGAGUUUCAUCAAGCUCUGAUGAGACACCGGAUAAUCAUGUUCCUAAUUCAGAUACUGCCUUAGAGCUCAACUCCAAUAUCUCUCUCCCUUACCAUUGGGAACAAUGCCUCGAUUUGAAGACAGGGGAGAUUUACUAUAUAAACUGGAGGAACGGUAUGAAAGCAAGAGAUGAUCCAAGAACAACACCAGAAUACAGCGGAGAUUUCUACACAGAAGACGACAGCUCAUGUGACAGUGAGGAAUCUUCGUCAGAGUACUCUUCUCCUCCAGAUUCCUCGAGAGAGCACUACCGGGUAGAUCAGAAAGACCAUAAAGACCAUGUUUUGGUUGUGGCUGGGUGCAAGAGCUGUCUCAUGUAUUUCAUGGUGCCCAAACAGGUCGAAGAUUGCCCCAAAUGUUGUGGUCAACUUCUCCACUUUGAUCGAUCCGAAAAUGGAUCUCCGUGAAUGAGUUUUCUGAUCUGAUUUUUUGUCCUUAUCUUUUCUUUUUUCUUUUUUUAAUUUGAAACAAAAAAAGAAAAAAGAAAGGAUUCCCUUGCGUUUUUUUUUUUUUUUUUUUUUUUGAAAAGUUUCAUUGUGGAUUGAUGAAAUGCUAGACAAAUGGGUUGAGUUAUUAUUA